GAUGGAACAUACAAAUGGGCCUGCUUAAGGUCGCGACGCAGCCCCGCCACACCAGUCACUGUGGAGGGCUCAGCUCGGCAGCCGGCCCCUUGAGCCCUCAUGGCUUGAGGAGUCCAACAACAUCAGUAAAACAAACAAUACAUAGGAUAUGGCACGCCCGGAGUCGGGCAAAAGGCUGGCAAAUCCUGCUGUGCGCCUCGCUGCCGCUUCUAGCUCUUUCAUUCGUCUUUGGUGUUGUAUUACCGCUUAGCUUUUCCGCGAGGUCGACCGGCUUGGAUGGACCAGUGCCCGUUCCCUGCGCGCCUCGCAGCGAGCGCAUAAAAAUAACUGACGUUUACAUGCUCCAUAGCUACUGGAGCAGUCGGCGCAACAUCGCGCCGGAGCUGUGCGAGUUCUUCAAAGCGCACGGCGGGGACACGCUGUCGCGGGCGCCGUGCCGGCUGUUCCCGGCCUUCCGCGGGGCCACGGCGCCGCGCGAGGCCGUCCUAGACCUCAUGGCGCAUAACAUUGUGGCGCCGGAGACACACGCGCGGCCCCUGGGCUGGCUGACGAAGCUGCUCUACUGGCUGCGCAUUAGUGAGGCCGCUCCGCUUUUAGACGAAGCCGAGAAGGUCAUCAACCCCUCGCUGCUGGGCAUCGCCGCCUCGCACAUGCUGGCCAUACGCAACUGGACGUUGGAGAUGAGCCGCGCCGGCGUGCCGCCGCAGGAGCGGGUCAACCGCCACCUACUCGUGUUCGAGGACGACGCGGUGGUGACGGCGGAGGGCGUGGCGGCGCUGGGGCGGGCGCUGGGGCGGCUGGACCGCUGCUACGACAUGCUGGGGCUGGACUCCACGGACAACUUCUGUGCGCUCAGCCGGCUGUCGGACUCGCUGAUGGGGCUGCUGCUGCCGCGCGCCUGGCGGCCGUCGCCGGAGCUGGUGCGCGCCAAGAUGUCGUUCAGCCGCAACACGGGGCUGCUGUUCAGCUACAAGGGCGCGCUGCGGGUGCUCAGCAACCUGCCGGUGACGCGGGAGGCGGACCUGUGGUACCGCGACCUGGCCAGCGACGGCGUGCUGAGCGUGUACGUGGCGUGCCCGCGCGUCAUCGGCAUCCAGGGCCUCACGACAGUCAAGUAGUGGUGGAGCUGGAGGGCGCCAUUGGGUCCAGACCUUAGGCGGGGUGCGACGGAGGCUGCAGGUUGUGGCGUGUGUGUGUGGGGGGGGGGGGCCAAGCCUCCAGACACCCAGCGGCCUGGGCAGGACAGCUCAAUGCCCUCAGGACCCGUGUACAUGCAUGGAAGAUCGAAUGAUAUUUAAUGGCACUCGGGAGUGAGCAACAGUCUUGCGGCCGCAGGCUAGGUACUUCGGGUUGUGUUGCGUGGCUCCGGGCAGUGACCUCAUCCUGGUGCCCACAUUGAUCCUGUGAGGCGGUGUGUGGCGCGCCCAUGUGCGGGUGUGCCCAGCAAAGCAGGGUGGCAUGUGGAUUACUGAUGACGGGAAGGCGGGUGUUCAAUCCACUCCCGGACAUUGACUUGACCUGUGCAUGCACUGGCACACCAAUCGCGUGCUGAAUGAGAUACUUGGACAACUGAACUGCUCAGACGGCCUACAUGUGAAGCGCGGCUGUGUAUGCAGGAUCGCAGUACUGUGUGCUUUGGGGCCUUGGCGGCCAGUGGCACUGACAUGCAGGCGGGCCCGAUUGGCGGUCACGAUUGUACAUGUGUACGAGUAGCAAAACUCUUGACCAUAGCGUCUGCCUCCGUAUCGCAGUGCAGAUACCGUUUCAUCUC